AUGAAAUCAAUUACAAAGACUUAAUUCUGUGAAUCCUACCAUCAAUACCAAAUUCCCAUAAUUGAAGAAAAUAAAAUAAAAGACGAAUCUAAAGAAAUUGAUAGCCAAAACAGUAAACUUAUGAGCACAUCUAUCAAUCACCACUGUUAAGAUACUUUCUCACCUAUACAGGAGAGAAGUCUAACCAAAAUAUAAAAACGCCAUUCUUUCUUAUUUCCAAAAUAAACACCAGGGAGAGAUCCUUAUAAAAUAAUCAUGUAUAUGACAAAACUACUUUGA